CAUGCCCGGGCGUCAACAAUAUGUUGGGGAAAUUAGGUGUCUCCUCUCUUUGGGAAGGCGAGUUUUAAAAAGCUCGGCGCAGACCAUGCUAUGACGACUUCCCUGAUCUUGCAUCCACGCUGGGCGGAGACCUUCAUGUACGUCUACGAGGAGACCCCGAAUGAGAGCAGCGCCAACAAGAUCCCAGCCUCCGCCGCCGCCAUGGAAGGGCUCGCGGGGAACUGCCCGGCCAGCCACUGCCGGGACCUGAUCGCCCACCCGGCCCUGGGACGACACUCCAGCGGGCUCGGCGGACACCAGGGCUCGGUCUACGCGGAGAUCCCGGCGCCCGACGCCGCCCGGCAGUGCCCGCCGCCGCCUCCUCCGCCUCCUCCUCCCGCCGCCUCCAGCGCCCCCUUGGGCUACGGCUACCCCUUCGGAGGCAGCUACUACGGGUGCCGCUUGUCCCACGCCCACAACGUGAACUUGCAGCAGAAGCCUUGCUCCUACCACCCGGCGGCAGCCGAGAAAUACCCCCCGGAGCCCAGCGGCUCCCUCCCCAGCGAAGAACUCUCCUCCCGGGCCAAAGAGUUUGCCUUUUACCCCAGCUUUGCCAGCUCCUACCAAGCCGUCCCAGGCUAUUUGGACGUAUCCGUGGUGCCCGGGAUCAGCGGACACCCGGAGCCCCGCCACGACGCGCUGCUGCCCAUGGAUGGCUACCAGCACUGGGCGCUCUCCAACGGGUGGGACGGGCAGGUCUAUUGCUCCAAGGAGCAGCCCCAGUCCGGACACCUCUGGAAGUCACCCUUCCCAGAUGUGGUCCCUCUUCAACCCGAAGUGAGCAGCUACCGUAGGGGUCGAAAGAAAAGAGUCCCCUACACGAAAAUCCAGCUGAAAGAACUAGAGAAAGAGUACGCCGCCAGCAAGUUCAUUACCAAAGAGAAGCGACGACGGAUCUCGGCCACCACUAACCUUUCCGAGCGCCAGGUCACCAUUUGGUUUCAGAACCGGAGGGUGAAGGAGAAGAAGGUGGUUAGUAAAUCUAAGGCACCUCACCUGCACGCCACCUGACCCAGCCAGGCCUUCAGAGGGGGCCAGGAAGGGCAAAAACAAAGCCAGAACAAACAAGCCCAAGUCUAGAGAAGCCGCCGACACUCUCAGCACCACUACCGCCAACUAAAGGGGGGACAGGACAGAAUCAAAGACACCUAUUUAUCGGGUCCAUUUGUAUAAAAAUAAUAAUCCAGCCAGGCAUCGGGACUCUUUAAUUUGAUUAUUUAAAGAAAAAACACCUCCAAAGAGGCGGCCAGGGAUUGCAACCGCCCUCUUUGGGUUGUCUUCUGUCUUCUGUCUUCUUCUGUCCAUGUUGCCAUCCUCUUUAACUGUGAAUGCCGUCGCCUUUCUUACACAGCAGUUUGGAUAUGAUUUUUCAAGAUGCACAUUGGACAAGUAGAGGGGAGGGAAAGGUGGGGUACAAAUCAGUCUGGUUCCUACCAGGGGUGUCUGAAUGUUAUAUUGUACAUCGUCUUCCCUCCCCCCUCUUUCUCUUUCUUUGGCUGUUUUUUUAAUGAAUAUAUGUAUAUAUAAAUAUAAAUAUAUAUAUAUAUGGGGAACUUUUUCAAAGCGGUUCCGGUAAAGAUACCAUAAUUAUUUGUUUAAUAUGUUGUCGGAGGCCUUCAUGGCCAGAAUCACUGGGUUGCUGUGAGUUUUCCGGGCUGCACGGCCAUGUUCCGGAAGCAUUCUCUCCUGACGUUUCGCCCACAUUUAUGGCAGGCAUCCUGAGGUUUUGAAACUCUUGGAAACUAAGCAAGUUGGGUAUCUGUGGAAGGUGCAGGGUGGGAGAAAGAACUCUUGUCUGUUGGAGGGAAGUGUGAAUGUUGCAAUUAAUCGCCUUGAAAAGCCUUACAGCUUCAAGACCUGGCUGCUUCCUGCCUGGGGGAAUCCUUUGUUGGGAGGUGUUAGCUGGCCAUGACUGUUUCCUGUCUGGAAUUCCUCUUUUCUGGGUGUUGUUCAUUAUUUACUCUCCUGGAUUUUAGAGGGUUUUUUUAAUACUGCUGGCCAAAUUUUGUUCAUUUUCAUGGUUUCCUCCUUUCUGUUGAAAUUGCUCUUCUUAUCGUUUGUUGUUAUUUCUAAGAUUAUUAGAUAGAGUCCAAAUAACUGGUGACUCCCAGGUUUUUGAACAGAAUCCGAAUCUUUGAGAGAUGAUUCACUAUAUAUAAAACUAUAUAUCUGUGGAUAUAUAGGUCUAUAUAUAUGUGGAAGGUCCAGGGUGGGAGAAAGAACUCUUGAGAGGCCAGUGAGAAUGUUGCAAUUAAUAAUUCCACAGAUAUAUAGACCUCACUUGCUUAGUUUUCAACAGACCUCACAACCUCUGAGGAUGCCUGCCAUAGAUAUGGGAGAAACUUAGGAGAGAAUGCUUCUGGAACAUUGCCAUUCCGCCCGGAAAACUCACAGCAACCCAAGUAUUUGUUUCUUUAAGAGGGACCCAAAGCAAAGUUUGGGAGAGGGGGAGAAAAAAAAAGAGAGAGAAGUAAAUAAGGCUGCUACCUUGAAUAUGUUGCUGUUAAUAUCACUUCCUCUCUGAUUUUAGUAUGGGAUUGCUCCAAUACUUUUUGUCCCACCUGAAUUUAAAGGUGACCGGUCAAUGUAAUGCGGAGGACGCAGUCCAGCUACUCCCAAGACUACUUGGUUUGUAAAGCAAGACAUUCAAACGGGUUUUUUCAAAAUUCGUCAUUGACCUGAAUGCGAUUAAAUAUCCCUUCCUUUUUGGCCGAAUCGUAGCCUUGUUCUUUUUUAAUUUGCUGGAAAAGGUUCUCAGCCGGGUUUGAUUUUUUCCUUAUUUUUUAUUAGAAUUGUUGUCGCUGUUGUUGUUGUUAUGGUGCGUUUGUUUUCCCCGCUACCAAACUGGAAUGUUUUUUUCUCUGUGGACAUUGCGGGGGGAAAUGCGAAACUCUGUUGUUGAUUUUUUUGUUUCUUGGGCGAUGCUCCCCUCCUUUCUAUAUAAAUUCAAGUCAGGAAGAGCCGUAGGUGUUCUUUCACGAUGUUAAAGCGUCUUUUUUUUAAAAAAAAAAGAGAGAGAACAAAAUUGUCUUGUAUAUGUAUAUAAUGUGGUGUCCGAAUGAUAUGUACUGAAUGCAGAAUACAUUUCUUAAAAAUAA